CCUCGACCUUGCAGUCAGCACUCAUCAUUUCGAUCAUCAUGUCGUCUCAGCCGACAUACACCUAUACAGUCUCAUCGGCAGCUUACGCCUUGCCCUUGCUCCACGCUGCGAGGUAUUUGUCCCACACAGUCAUCGGUAUUCUCCUUGGAAAGAUUGACAGAGGCUCCAAAAGAGUCUCUGUGGAAGAUGCUCUCCCACUGAUACAUCACUAUACAUCCCUGAGUCCCAUGAUGGAAGUUGCCCUAGAACUCGGGGCAGCUGCGGCAUCCGAACGCGGAAUGGAAGUCGUCGGAUUAUACGUCGUCCCGAAGGAUGACAAGAACUCUGGACUCGGACGUGUAGGCGAGAGAAUACUAGGCGAGAUGAAGGGGAAAUUUGAUGCCUCAUUUGCGUGGCUUGUCGACAACGAAAAGCUUGGAGAAGGAUCAGUCCCGUAUACCAUUUACACCAUCUCCCAAUCCUCUACUUCUCCUCAAGCGCUCCCUUCAAAGUCUUCCUCCUCCUUUCCUUCACCAUUCACCUUGGACUCCACACCAAACCUCCCGGCGAGGACACUCCAGGCGAUCAGGGAUGAAAAGAUUCACAGGAACCUUGUCGAUUUUGACGACCACCUCAAUGAUUCGUGAGCUGCCCAUGUAGAUAUUGUGUGUCACUAAUGGGAUCCUCCAGCUCCAACGACUGGCUAGGGAAUGACAGCGUAAAGUCUGGACUCAAGCAAUUCCUCUCAUGAAGCU